CCCAAGAGCAUAACACUAGCCAGUUGUUUAUUGAUGCACAUACAUCCAAGAACUUGCUGGAGGGACUGCAAUUAGGUCUUGCUGAGAUAAAGAAGAAGAAUACGAUACAACAGUAUCAGAUUAGGAACGACCCCGCCAUUGAAAGUUUGCUGGGUUCGAGGACUGGCAUUGGCACUUUCGAAAUGAUUGACACUUCAAAAGGUCGAGGUCAGAGAUAUGAGCAUUCGAGGAGGUCCACGACACAAAAAGAAGGCGAAAAGAUACCUUCAACAUCUUAUCCUGCUACCAAAACCGUUGUCGUCAUCCAGGCUACCCAAAAAAUCAAGACCUUCACGACCAAUACAGUACCGGAACCAUCUUUGAAUCCUAGUGGAACGCAAACAUCUGCAAAACCGAAGCAAAAAACACAGAACAUAGUCAGCAAUGACCUGACCAGACUGAAGUUCACCUCCGCCCCAGAAAUCCUAGUCAGGCCUCCAUCUGAGUUUCGUAACUGCUGGCUGAACGACAUUCUCCUCCUGUCUGGAGACAGGCUGUUACUGAAUGACAUUUCAACAAGAACAUUGAAAAUUAUAGACCUCAAGACAAGCAGUCUAACGUCCGAGGUCAAUGUACCAGGCAUGCCAUGGGGCAUGUGUCACAUCCCCGGAGACAAAGUGGCUAUUUGUGUUAGUCAGAGUAUUCAGUUCUUGGAAAAACGGGGGAAACUCUUCCUGGGGAAGAACAUCAAGGUGGAUAGUGAUUGUCGUGGUGUUGGUUACCAUAACGGAAACUUAAUUAUUUCAUUCGAGAGCGGGAACGUUCAGAAGAUUAAUAUGGAAGGGAAAGUGUUGGCGACAAUUUCAACUAGCUCAUUUAAAAACCCUUGGCACUUGAAAGUAGUCGGUGACGAUCAGACAGCAGCCAUUUAUGUGUCCGACUUUGAGAUGUGCACAAUUACUAAGCUGGACAUGAACUUGAUCACUCUCGAAACAUUCAAGGACCCUGCACUGAGAAAACCAUUAGGCAUCACUGCAGUGGGAAACCAGCUGAUCAUCUGCGGUUGGUUAAGUCACAACAUAAUGUGCCUGGACCUGCAGAGUGGCAAUAUGACCGAGCUACUUGGCAUGGUGGAAGGGAUAGCGUCGCCAAAGAUUGUGUGCUACAGUCUGCAGCAGAACAAGAUGUAUGUUGCCGUCUUUGAAAAUGGGGAUGCCAACAAUUAUGUUAAGGUGUAUAAUACAACACCAAAAUGGAAUUAGAUAUAUUUGCUUUGAAUUAGCAACAGAGUCAAGUUGACAACUAUGCACUUACAUUUCACUAGACAGACAGGUUGUUUGUUCCUAUAUAUAUGUUUAUGUAUCCUUUGAUUGAUUUGAAACUGGUGAUAUUAUGUAGUAAAGAGAAUAGCUCAUGUUUAGUAGGGUGUUUUUUCUUUUAACAAAACAAACACGUAUCAAUGAUAAAACAUCAUCAAAGGUGUUUAAUAGGAGCUCCUUUAUUUACAAAGGCAGAUAUUGUUUUAUUAUACCAAAGAAAGUUAGGCUGUUAGAAAUUUAAUAACGUCAGACAUAGAUUUACAAAAUUAAUAUCUGUUCAAAUAAAUAACUGCAAUUUAAUAAUAAUAAUAAUAAUAAUAAUAAUAAUAAUAAUAAUAAUAAUAAUAAUAUUAAUAAUAAUAAUAAUAAUAAUAAUAAUAAUAAUAAUGAAUAUGUUUAUAUACUACCGAUAAAUUUAUAGUUGCAAUUUAAUGUGUGUAUUAUAUUUUGUUCUUGAUUACAAGUUUUUGUUAGUGGUUUUAUUUAAUAUUUUCUAUAAUCUACUCUAUAUAGCGGAUUUGUACCAUUGCAUAGCGUGAUUUUAGUAUAUUGCUUGUGAUUUCCGUAUGAAAGUUGAAAUGUCAAAGUGUUUAAAAUAACACAAUUUAAAAACAUAUUAUGAAAACAACAAACAUUAAGGACACACAAUCUGUGAACGAGUCCCUGUAAUAUCUAAAAUCUUAUAUUUUAAACAGUUUCUUUCUAUUUCAGAGUCUAUAUUUUGCUUCAAGUGGAUAUCUAUUGUUAUUACUUUUAAUUUGCAUAUAAUUUAAACAAAUGUUGGACCAGUAAUUUGAAAUUAAGUAGGAUAGAAUAGUUGUUGUAAAUGUAUUAAAGACAAUUUCCAUUGUGAAUAAAAAUAAAUUUACAAAGACUUAUC